AUGAUAGAGAAGCGUGGUGUUGUUGUACAGAGAACACGCAAACCGCGCGGGGCUGUCGCAAGUCGGAUCCCAAAUAAUAAUAAGCGCCUCGUGGCGGUUAAUCAAAGAGGUGUCUUUGCUCGUGGAGAGAUGACGAUGACGCUGCGGAUCGGAUCAGUUCCGUUCAACUCGUGGGCGCAGGGAAGCGCAGUUUUGCAUGGUCAGCCUCCGGGACAUGGGAUCGUGCAUGAGGUCGAGGAAGAAGACAAAGAAGAGAAAGAGACGAGAGAAACGGAGAGGAGGGAGGGAGAGAGAGAAUGGCAGAGAAACGGAAUGGAAUAUGAUCCAGCAGAGAUGCAAGACGACCAAUCGGGACAGGCGAGAGUUAUUCUCGACCGUCACAUGAAGUGGAGAUCGCCAGGCAACCAGCGCAGGAAUUUGACGUGGGAUAAUAAGACGAUGACAGGAUCGAAGGAAAAGAACAAAAGAGACAAAAAGAAACGAAAUAACGGACGGAGACGAGAGGUGGAUGAGGAAAAGGGAGAAAUGAGGUUGAAGAUAUGA